AUGAUUCAAACUGAUUAUCAACCGGGAGAUCUGAUUUUCGCCAAAGUAAAAGGCCAUCCACACUGGCCAGCCAGGAUAAACAAAUUACCUGAAGGGGCUCUGAUACCCAAAGGGAAAUAUCCUAUCUUUUUUUAUGGAACCCAUGAAACUUACUUCCUGACUCCAAAAGAUAUCUUCCCAUAUCAUCUCUUCAAGGAUCAGUAUGCCAAGCCACACAACAGAAAAUUUUUCAAUGAAGGGCUGAAAGAAAUCAUUGAGAAUCCAAAUGUCUUGAUGCUUGGAAUUGUUAGUAUUUUUAUGAUCUAA